AUGGACUUUGCGCUAAUCGCAGCUGCCGCAGUAGAACCCAAGGCGCCUGAGAACGCCGAAACCGCUGAUGAGGCGGCCGCUGCUAAGCCCGCCGAGGCUGAGAAGAAGACCGACGCUGAUGGCGACGCCGAGAUGAAGGACGCCGCCGACACCGCUGCUGAGCCUGAGGCCGAUGCGACCGCUGCCGCUGCCACCGAGACCCCUGGUGCGAAGAGCAAGAGCCGACGAAAGUCGAGCGCUGGAGAGUCCAAGGGCAAGACGCUGAGCAAGAAGGGCUCCAAGGCGCGCCUAACCCACAUUGAUGCCCAGCCUGGCGACCACUUCCUCGUGAAGCUCAAGGGCUUCCCGGCCUGGCCCGCCAUCAUCUGCGACGAGGACAUGCUCCCCCAAGCCCUCAUCAACACCCGACCAGUCUCCGCCGCUCGCCCCGAUGGAACAUAUUCCGAAGCCUACGCGGAUGGCGGCAAGCGGGUCAACGAUCGAAGCUUCCCCGUCAUGUACCUCUCCACAAACGAAUUUGGAUGGGUUACGAACACGGCCCUCUCCGAGUUGACUGCGGAGAAGGCUCGCGAGUCGAUUGGAGACAAGAUGCGCAAGGACUUGAAGCUCGCCUUUGAGCUUGCCGCUGAGCAGAACCCUCUUGAGCACUACAAGGAAAUCUUGCAGAGCUUCCAGGAGGAGCUGAUUGCGCAAGAAGAGGCUAAGAAAGAAGCCGCGGCUACGCCCAAGAAGUCCAAGAAGGGCAAGGCUAAGGCGAGCGACGAUGAAGACGUGGACAUGGACGAUGUGGAUGAGGCCCCGAAGCCCAAGACUAAGAAGCGAAAGGCUUCGGAGGAAGAUGCUGCCGUUCCUCAGCGUUCUGACUCUGUCAAGAAGCCCAAGAUCAAGCUCAACACGUCAUCCUCAUCCAAGGCGGCGAACGGCACGGCAGCGCCCAAGGCCAAGGAAGAUAAGGCCGCAAAGGUUGCAAAGGCCAAGCCAAAGAAGGCUUCGGACAAGAAGGACGCGCCCAAGGAAGCCAAGCUGACGCCCGAGGAGCGACACGCUCGCAAGGAGAAGGAGAUUCUUUAUCUGCGCCACAAGCUUCAGAGAGGCCUUCUGACCAGAGAACAGCAGCCGCGUGAAGAGGAGAUGAAAUCCAUGUCCAGCUUCAUUGACGUCCUGGAGAAGAACUACGACGAUCUCGAGGUCUCCAUCAUCAAGAGCACCAAGAUCAACAAGGUCUUCAAGGCUAUCCUGAAGCUCGACUCGAUUCCCAAGGAGGACGAAUUCCACUUCAAAAAGAGGUCUCAGGCUCUCCUGGACAAGUGGAAUAAGCUGCUCUCCACCGAGUCUGCCCCGGCGAAUGGCGUCAACGGCGCCUCGGAAGCCAAAGAAUCUAGCAAGCCGGCUGAAAACAGCGGUGAAAAAGAGAGCGGCGACAAGGAUAAGGAGACCCAGGACGAAAAGGCCAAGGAGGCUGCCGAAGAGUCCGCUGCCGCAGCCACUGCCAAGGAUGAUGAAGCUGAGACGAAAGAAGAUGUGAGUUUGGAAAAGGGCGAAAAGGCCGAGCCUGAAGCGGUGAGAUGA